AUGGUCUCGGGGAGUAAACGCGUAAUCACUGCGGCGGGCGUCAAGGCUUCUCAGGCCCCGUUAAUUGGCCAUCAUCAACUGAUUGUGGGUUUGCUUCGCGCCAACCUACUGAGCCUUAACGCGCGGAUUGUUAUUGCCGGCGCGGAACCUGCUCGGGGGGACAUGCCCCUGUUUAGCUUCAUAGACGUCGCGGCUUUCGCGGCCAAACACCAUCAGGGUGACCGAACAGCCGCUAUUGAAGCCCUUCUGCGCAACGGGCCGAACAUGAAGUACGUGCCCAACCGGGCGUAUGCCAACGCGAAGCUCAUAAUAGCUUGGUGGGUUGCUGCCUUGUCGCGCCGGCUACCCUCCGGCAUGGUUGUGUACGCUGUGUCGCUCGAUAGCGCGCCGGACACUAAGGUGGCCCGUAACGCUGGCCCGGCCUUGAAGUGGCUGAUAAUACCGCUGACUCCUGAUAUCGCCGCUCAUUGGUAUCUCCAGGCAUCGAAGUUCGGAACCGACGCCUCAAGGCAAUUCUUCGCCUCAGCGCCCACGAAGCUCACCGGCCCAAUCAAGGCGAUACAUCACCCACACUUUCACGAUCGCGCCAACCAGGAAGCCGCGUGGCAAGCCGUCGUCAAUGUCUCCGGCGUCGAUCUUUCCAAUGACCAGCGUCCACACCUGAACACCAAGACGUAG